AUGACACUCGAGGACGUCUAUCAGAUUCUUUGGAUUUUGAUUAUAGUAGAGUUGGUUGUGUAUGAUGUGGAGGAGGUUGGCAAGACAUAUGCUCUACAAGAGGUGUUCGAUGAUCCUCAUAUUGCAGGUUACUUAGUGGCUUGGCAGGACAUGGUAGAUAUCUAUGCCCCACUCUCUUCAGUAUUGGUAGGCUUGAUCGGUAGCUUCUUGAUUCCUGACAGGAGGGCUCAUGAGCCAAGAGAGCCUAUUCCUGCACUAGAGGAGGUCAAUGAUGACGAUGAUGAUCAGGGUCGAGGGGGAGGUCAUCGAGGUGGCGGGCGAGGACGAGGGAAAGGUAGGAGGGGUGGGAGAGGUGGUGUGAUUGGUCAUGACCGGGGAGUAGGUGGUGGUGGGGGUGGAGGAGGAGAUGAGGGAGGAGAUGGGAAUGGUGGUGGGUGA